GCUGCACAGUGUUGGACUUGGGGCAGGAGUGACCUGCACUGUUCAAUAGGGUCCCGAACAUUAAGAAGGAGUGUGGGAGGGAGGAGCCACAGAUGUGUAUUUUUAUUUUGCAUGGAAAUACUGUGAGCUUAUGCAGUCCAGAGAACCUGAUACCUUCAUCUCUGUGGAUCUGUUUACAGCACACAGCGCAGGACUGGCAUUGGUAUGAGGGUCUGGAAAGAAGGGGAUGGAAAGAGUGCAAGCCUAAUGUUAAGCCACUGAAUACAGCAGCCACUAUGAGAAGGCAGGCAGUAAAGGUUGUGAUUUAAAAAAGGAAAUGAGGGAAGGCACUGUAUGUUCAUUGCAUGAAAGCAAGUUGUACUGGAAAUAGAUUGGAUUCAAAGGAAAGGCCAGGAAAAGUUAAUGUAAAGUUGGCUGAAGAGAGAACCAAGCAGACAUGAUACAUAAAUGUACAAUUACUCCCAUGUAAGUGGAAGCCAAGCUCAUGAAAGGGAUUGACAGGUUCAAAAAGUAAGUUCCGGAAGGCGAAUACGAAAAGCAAAAUAAGGUACUGGAAAAAAGAAUGUGAAGGCUGAAGCUGGGAAAUAAGAGAAGUAGUACCGAAAAGCACCCACAAAAUUAAUCAAAUCAUAGCAUUGGAGCUAUGGAUGGUUUAAAUCAAACAGGACAACGCUAAGAAUACCAAUAUGCCCUCGGUCAUGGAGAACGGGGAGGAAGUGACUGGGAACUCAAGCCUUGCCCUGAUUCCAGACGAGAAGAAGUAUGAAAUCUGCCGGCAAAAAGAUUGCUGUGAGCGUGUGGUGAUCAAUGUGUCUGGGCUGCGGUUUGAGACCCAAAUCAGGACCCUCCAUCGGUUUCCUGAUACUCUGCUAGGAGACCCAAGGAGAAGAAUACACUUCUUUGAUCCCUUGAGGAAUGAGUACUUCUUUGACCGAAACCGACCAUGCUUUGACUCAAUACUUUAUUUUUAUCAGUCAGGGGGUCGACUUCGCCGGCCGACCAACGUCCCUUUAGAUGUCUUUAUGGAGGAGUUAUUGUUUUAUCAGCUUGGAGACAAUGUAAUCAGGAAAUUCCGGGAAGAUGAGGGAUUUAUGAAAGAGGAGGAGAGACUGCUUCCAGAAUGUGAGUUCAUGAAACAGGUCUGGCUUCUAUUUGAACAUCCAGAUAGCUCAUCUGCAGCGAGAAUCAUUGCCAUUAUCUCUGUUAUGGUCAUCCUUAUCUCCAUUGUCAUCUUCUGCUUAGAAACACUACCGGAAUUCAGAGAUGACAGGGAUCUGUCUUUACCGGUAGCGCCUCAUCGAGCUAACAGCACACACCAUUUUAAGGAGAAAAGCCCCUUCGAGGACCCUUUUUUUAUCGUGGAGACCAUUUGCAUCUGUUGGUUUUCUUUUGAGCUUUCAGUGAGGUUUAUUGCGUGCCCUAGCAAGGCAGCUUUCUUCAAGGACAUAAUGAACAUGAUUGAUUUUGUGGCCAUCAUACCAUAUUUUGUUGCUCUGGGUACUGAACUUGCUCGCCACAAGGGAGUAGGGCAACCUGCUAUGUCUUUGGCCAUCCUCAGGGUCAUCCGUUUGGUCAGAGUCUUCCGUAUCUUUAAACUCUCACGUCACUCUAAGGGCUUACAGAUCUUGGGACAGACAUUGAAAGCCAGUAUGAGGGAACUGGGGCUGCUCAUAUUUUUCCUUUUCAUUGGAGUCAUAUUGUUCUCCAGUGCAGUCUACUUUGCUGAGGCUGAUCAUGAGGAUACAAAGUUUACAAGCAUCCCUGAAGCAUUUUGGUGGGCUGUGGUCACCAUGACAACAGUAGGUUAUGGAGAUAUGUCACCUGAAACAGUCGGUGGGAAACUGGUUGGGUCUCUUUGUGCCAUUGCCGGUGUGCUGACCAUCUCCUUGCCAGUGCCAGUCAUUGUAUCCAACUUUAGUUACUUCUACCACCGUGAGACUGAAUGCUCAGAUAUUGGCCAGUACAACCAUGUUGGAUCAUGCCCAAAUGGCCCUCCUCAUACUCCAAAGAUAAAAGGAAAGGACAAGAGCCCUACGAUAAGCAAACUUAGAAAUACAUACACCAAUUCCAAGGCAAAUUUCCUGGAUGGACUAGGUCCUGCUGAUGACAGACAGCUGGUUUCUGGCCAGUCCUCACAUUUAAUAACAGAAGUGUGAUUUCGGAACUCAAGCAUGUCUUCACUUAAUGCCAACUCUUCACCCCUUGUCUUAAAUUGUAACAUUUACAACGAAGAGUCAGCCACAGAACGUUUUCCUUUUUCUCUUGAAAUUUCCAACAAAGAACACUGUUUGGUGAGAUAAUCUCAUCCAGAGAAUGUGCACAUUUUCAUACUGGAACUUUAACAAUUGUUGAUGUUGAUUUAUUUAUAAAAGUUUUCUCGUAGCCAAAGAUAAUUUGUAGUUUUACAAACAGUUAUAUAAGCACCAAAGAGCUGUGUUGGUCAGAUGUCAAGAAAGCUUAAAUACUUGCAGAAGGAUACAUGGUGAUGGACUGCGCUCAAGUGAGUACAAUACAUAAUGUGUUAUUGCCUGAGCCAUAGAUGCCCAGUAGAUCUUGCACUUUUUUAUUGGUCAGUAGGAGGCUUUGUACCAACUGGCAAAGGAUGCUCCAUGAAGAUCCCAAAGGGAACAGCUGGCCAUCAAACUGACAUGGAACUAUGAAACUACAGAUAUGUGCUAUUGAAUUACAUGUGCUGAAAAAGCCUGAGGGAAACAGCCAGAGGAGAGAAGAC